UGGGAGAUACUAUGGGCAGCAUGAGCUCAGUGAUGGAAAAUCUCAAAGGUGUAGAUGGGUUGUAGGAGUUAUCUAGACAUAAAGCCUUGUUGUAGCUCCUGGGCAGGAGGCUUAGAGAGUGUAGUAUUCAGGGAGUAGAGCUAUCUAGGUGUGGGGAGCUACAGGAAAGUCUCAGCAAGGACAGAACUAAGAACCCUACAGCAAGAAUUAACCAAACCUUGUUUUACUCCUGCUGUCUGAUUGGAACUGUAAUUGAUCAUGCUGAAAUAGCCUGAGAGAGACUGUUUCCAAAACUUUGGCAGGGACAGGUAGCAGAAGUGCUGGAAAGCUGAUCAAAGCCUGCUCUUACAAACUUCCAGCCCAAUUUUGCACAUAGAAGUCUUGGCUAACUCAGAUAACUUGGAUCACCUGUGUGUAAUGUUCCUGGGGACCAUCACAGCUAGGUGCCACCUAAAGAAGUAAAUUGGCUUCUGAAUUUACCUCACUUCUGCUUCUACCACUAAUGGGGUUUCAACCCUCAAGCAAAGGAAAAAGCUUGUGAUUCCCCUCCUGAAAGCUAAUGUGAAGAGGUUGGCUACAGCUUCUGAAGUUGGAUGGGCAAGGAUCCAUUGGCAAUGGUUCAUAUCGGCACUAAUGACAUUGCAUCACAGGAUUUCUCACAGAUAAUGGAUGACUUCAGGAAACUCAGAUGUGUGCUGAAGAAGAAUGUCUAAACAGUCUUUGAAAUCAGAAGGCAGAAGAUUCUAGAUCAGCUGUACUUCUGAGACUUAUGCCCUCAAGAUGAAGUUCUUACUGGCAGUUCUCUUUUUUGUUUUGUUGUCAUUAUGGGUUGAAGAAGCGUAUUCCAAAGAGAAAUCUUCAAAGAAAGGAAAGGGGAAAAAGAAGCAAUAUCUCUGCCCAUCCCAGCAAUCAGCUGAAGAUCUUGCAAGAGUACCUGUUAAUUCUACCAGCAAUAUCUUGAAUAGGCUGUUGCUCACUUAUGAUCCCAGGAUAAGACCAAAUUUCAAAGGAAUUCCAGUCGAUGUAACAGUCAACCUUUUCAUUAACAGCUUUGGAUCAAUCCAAGAGACAACGAUGGAUUACAGAGUUAACAUCUUCCUAAGACAAAAGUGGAAUGACCCCAGACUUAAAUUGCCCAAUGACUGGAGGGGUUCAGAUACACUGACAGUGGAUCCUACAAUGUUUAAAUGUCUGUGGAAACCAGACUUGUUCUUUGCAAAUGAAAAGAACGCCAACUUCCAUGAUGUCACUCAAGAAAAUAUUCUUCUAUUUAUAUUUCGGGAUGGAGAUGUUCUAGUCAGUAUGAGAUUAUCCGUUACUCUGUCAUGCCCUUUGGACUUGACCUUGUUUCCUAUGGAUACACAGCGUUGCAAGAUGCAGUUGGAGAGCUUUGGUUACACAACUGAUGAUUUACGAUUUAUCUGGCAAUCUGGAGAUCCUGUUCAGUUAGAAAAAAUUGCUUUGCCCCAGUUUGACAUUAAAGAAGAGGAUAUUGAAUAUGGUAACUGUACCAAAUACUAUAAAGGCACGGGUUAUUACACUUGUGUAGAAGUAAUCUUCACUUUAAGAAGACAAGUUGGAUUUUACAUGAUGGGUGUUUAUGCUCCUACACUGCUUAUUGUUGUUCUGUCGUGGCUGUCAUUUUGGAUCAAUCCUGAUGCAAGUGCUGCAAGAGUGCCACUGGGUAUCUUCUCGGUGCUCAGCUUGGCAUCUGAAUGUAUGACUCUUGCUGCUGAACUUCCCAAAGUGUCUUAUGUGAAGGCCUUAGAUGUCUGGCUGAUUGUUUGUCUUCUUUUUGGGUUUGCUUCGCUGGUUGAGUAUGCAGUGGUUCAGGUAAUGCUGAACAAUCCAAAGAGAAUUGAAGCUGAAAAAGCAAAAAUUGCCAAGGCAGAUCAAGCAGAAGGGAAAGGUGGCAAUGUAGCCAAAAAGAACACGGUAAAUGGUACAGGGACCCCUGUGCACAUCAGCACUUUACAGGUUGGCGAGACCAGAUGCAAAAAAGUUUGCACCUCGAAAUCUGAUCUGAGAUCCAAUGAUUUCAGCAUCGUUGGAAGCUUGCCAAGAGAUUUUGAAUUAUCAAACUAUGACUGUUACGGAAAGCCCAUUGAAGUCAACAGUGGGCUCGGGAAAUCUCAAGCAAAGAACAACAAGAAGCCACCUCCUCCCAAGCCUGUCAUUCCAUCAGCAGCAAAGCGAAUUGAUCUUUAUGCAAGAGCAUUGUUUCCUUUCUGCUUCUUGUUCUUCAAUGUCAUAUACUGGUCCAUAUAUUUAUGAUAAAUCUUUUAUUUUUUCAUUUGUGUAAAAUAUAUCUCAUUUCAUUAUUCCCUUCCCCAAUCAUGAAGGCCAGUUUGUGAAAUUAUUUUGCAUUUGCAAAGCAAUAUAUUGCAUUUGAGAUGCCAUGCGAUUGUAAUGAAAAUAUGGCAUCUUAAUUUUGAAUGAAAGCAUGACACUGCAAUGUCUGUGCUGAAACCAACUGUUGUAUAUAAAUGUACAACAUACAUCCUGCUUUAGGAAUAUAUGAAGGAUGAUGCAUACCACAUUAUUAAAGCAAAAUAAUUCUCUUCAGUUAUUAACAUACAGAUUUAAAGUGUUUCUGAUAAUGAAACUGAUGUGCAUGUUGAGUAUUAAGAUCAAUAUUCUAGUACAUGUAGUAUUUAACAACUCUUCUUAUGACUUUCAGAUAAAAAAAAUCUGUUCUUGUAUAAUUUUAAAUGGCACUGUUAAAGAAAAAGCGAAGUUGUAAUUAAUAUUCUUUAGACUUUGUAAGUAAGUGGAGAAAGUAUUGACUAAGCUGAUCUUGUCUAUGUGAAAAAAUAAAGAUCAGAGAAUAACUAAUUUUGUAAAAUUAGCUCAUUUAGAAAUAUUACUUUGCAUCCUUCAAGCAAACCCACUGCAAAAGUGAGUGAAAAUGUGUUGGCAAUAAAUAUUGGACCAAAUUUUUGGUUGCCAUCUCCACAAGGCACACGUUAGAAAACCUGCAGGCAGAGGAGAAAUUGGGGCUAGAGGCUGUAUUUGCUAUUUCUAGAACAUGCCCCCCCAAAAUCUAUCAACAGGCUGCUCUUCAGGCUUCCAAGCAACAGGAAUUGUGGAGCAGCAUCACAAGGUAGGGUCUAAAAUCUGUACCUGACUUAUGUGUGGCAAACCCUUCCAAGCUUGCAGUGUAGGAGUCAUAGUCUGGUCUGGUUUGCAUGGGUUUGCAGUUUCUGAAGUUCAAAAGGCUUAAAUAUAAGUGAACCCAUUCUUCCCAUGGUCAAAUUUCAUCAUGACCCAUAUUCAAGGUUUGCAUUUUCACAAGUUAGAACAGAUCACCAAAAGUGAGGCCUAGCAACUAUAAUGAAAGGGACAGGUUUCUGAUUCUGAACAACUCAGAGGCUGAGGCCCAUACAAAAAGUCAUCUUGUGCAGAGGCCAGAGAGCAGGGGUUCAGUGUCUGUCCAUCCAACCCAUUUAUACUGCUGCUGCUUGUUGAAAAUGAAAUCCUAAAUGUAAUAAGGGUGUGACACAGGAGUCCUGAUGAGAAGCUGCUCUUUUAUUUUGUA